AAGGAUGGAGGGCUUGCGGCCAAAGGCUCCGGUCACCGGCGAUGCCAAGAUAGACGAAAUAAGGCCAGCUAUGUAGAUUGAGGACGUAAAUGAAGUCAACAAUUGAAAUUUAAUUUUUGCAAGUCAUUUUCAUAAAUAAUUAAAAAUUUUGGCCAGUUUCUAAAGGGAGCCGGCAUCUGAUUAUCUCUACGCCGCUUUGAAGACGACAGAUAUUGUGAUUAUGUAAGCUAAACAAGUCAAAUUCGGAAACGUUAACCGAGUGGGCCUCUUAAAACUUGGGUUCAACAAUCAACGCUUCCAUUUGCUUCGCUUUAUUCCACCACAGUCUUCCAAUGUCUCCCCAUCUACCUUUUGGGUGCAAAAUCUGACCAACAAUAACACCACCAACCACUCAUCGUUAUCUUAUACUCCCAGGAUUAAUUCUGUAAUAGCCAAGGCACUACGUACUGACCAAGCUGCCACAGCACAGCCAAUAAAAAUGGUGAAAGCUAUCAGGGUUCAUCAACUCGGUGGACCUCAGGUCCUUAAAUGGGAGGAUGUGGAACUUGGGGAACCCAGAGAGGGUGAGAUACGUAUUAAAAACAAAGCUGUUGGACUGAAUUUCAUCGAUAUCUAUUUUCGGAAAGGAGUUUAUAAGGCUGCUACCAUGCCCUUCACUCCAGGUAUGGAAGUUGUUGGAGAGGUGACUGCUGUGGGACCUGGACUGACUGGCAGGAAAGUUGGAGAUAUCGUAGCUUAUGCUGGUGAUCGUAUGGGUUCCUAUGCCGAGGAGCAGAUUCUUCCAGCAGACAAAGUUGUGCCAGUUCCUCCUUCAGUUGACCCUAUUAUCGCUGCAUCCAUCAUGCUGAAGGGUAUGACUGCCCAGUAUCUAGUACGUCGUUGCUUCAAGGUCGAACCGGGACACACAGUUCUUGUCCAUGCUGCAGCUGGUGGGACUGGAUCUUUAUUAUGCCAAUGGGCAAAUGCACUUGGUGCCACUGUCAUCGGAACUGUCUCGACCAAAGAGAAGGCAGCUCAAGCAAAGGAAGAUGGAUGUCACCAUGUUAUUAUUUAUACGGAAGAGGAUUUUGUUUCCCGUGUCAAUGAGAUGACAUCCGGCAAGGGGGUGGAAGUUGUCUAUGAUUCUGUUGGGAAAAAUACCUUUGAGGGCUCGUUGGCAUGUUUAAAGCCCCGUGGCUAUAUGGUGAGCUUUGGGCAGUCAUCCGGUACACCAGAUCCGGUUCCGUUGUCUGCACUUGCACCCAAAUCAUUGUUCUUGACUAGGCCUUCCAUGAUGCAAUACACGUCAACUCGGGAUGAACUGCUGGAAACUGCAGGGGAAGUGUUUGCUAAUGUUGCAUCGGGCGUAUUGCGGGUUCGGGUGAAUCACAAGUACCCUUUGUCAGAAGCAUCGCAGGCACAUGCAGACCUCGAGAAUCGCAGAACAACUGGAUCAAUUGUGUUGAUUCCAUGAAAGCAUCUCGGUUGUGGCUUUGAACACCCAUUGCAUGAGAAAAAUAAAAAACUAUAACGUGUGGGAUUAUGUUAGAACUUGAUCUAUGUAUAUGGAAGUGCAUGUUGAAGGCUUGAAGCCGCAGCUGAAUAACUUAUUGCUAUUAGUUAAGCAUGUAUAUAUAUAUACGCACACAUGAUUUAUGUAA